CCCAUGGCACCCUCUCUGUACCGCUCUGAGAAUGUGUCGCUGGUGCAGCUGUUUCUGCCCACCGAGUCGGCACGGGCAACAGUCGCUGCUCUGGGCCGUUUGUCGACAAUCCAAUUUCGAGAUUUAAAUCCCGACGUAACACCUUUCCAACGUUCAUUUGUCAAAGAAAUUCGCCGUCUCAACGAGACUCAGCGCCAACUCCGUUACUUCCAUGCGGAAAUUACCUCUGCCGGUAUCCCCAUCAAAGAAGGUCCUUCUGAAAAUACAGAACUGAUCAACUCCUCUACGGUCGAGGAGGUUAUGGACCAGUGCAACACGCUUGAUUCUCGCAUUCGCCAGCUGGCAGACUCGAGCAAAUCGCUCAAUGAACGCUACGAGCGUCUUUUGCAAUUGCGUAAUGUUCUGAUCAAGACAAACGCUUUUUUCAAUCAAAGCAACGAGGGACUCGUGCUUUCCAGUCUCGACGAAAGUGCUCUUCAUGCUAGUCACGAAGACGACGACGAACUCGCUGCCCCUUUGAUGGGCAGCAGUGCUGUUGAACUCGACACGACAACUACCCCGACUACGCUCUCCGAGUCGGGACACCCGAGUAUUCCCAUUGACUUUGUGGCCGGUGUCAUUCCUACUGCCAAGUUCCAGUACUUGGAGCGUAUUCUUUGGCGUACACUUCGCGGUAACCUUUACAUUUAUCACGUUCCUGCUGACCUUCCAACCGGCUCUAACGACGAUGGACUCGCUGAUGCUCAAACUAUCUUCCUUGUUUUUGCUCACGGUACCCAGAUUCUCUCUAAAAUUCGCAAGAUUUCCGACAGUCUCGGCUCUACGCUUUUCACCGUUGAGGAUAACGCCGCUCGUCGUCUCGACCAGCUUCGUGAUGUCAAUGACCGCAUCGGCGAUCUUUCUUCUGUUCUCGACAACAUGAAAAACGCGCUUUUCACGGAGUUGUCCUUCGUAGCUGACCAUUUGUCUCAUUGGGAGACUCUUUUGCACACGGACAAGUGCGUCUAUCAGGCCAUGAAUCUGUUCAUCUUCGACCAGAAUCACAAGUGUCUUAUUGCCGAGGGUUGGUGUCCCCAGGACAACCUUCCUCUUGUGCAGGCCUCUCUCCGCGAUGUUUCGCAACGUUUGGGUUCGCAGGCCCCAACUAUUCUUAAUGUUCUUGAAACGUCCGAGGUUCCUCCUACUUACCACCGGACCAACAAGUUUACUGAGGGUUUCCAAUCGAUUAUCGAUUCCUACGGUAUUGCUUCGUAUCGCGAGGUGAACCAUGGUAUCGUUGCCAUUGUCACCUUCCCCUUCCUGUUUGCCAUUAUGUUCGGUGAUUUGGGUCACGGUGCGAUUAUGUUUGCUAUUGCUCUCGCAUUCAUUCUCAACGAGAAGAAGUUGGGUGCGAAAAAGGAUCUUGAUGAGAUGGUUGGUAUGGUGUUCUUUGGUCGUUACAUUUUGUUGCUUAUGGGUGCUUUCUCCAUGUACACGGGUUUUCUGUACAACGAUAUCUUUAGUAAGCCGCUUUCUCUUUUCACCUCCGGCUGGCACUGGCCUUCCAAGGCUAGUGGAGAUCUUCUGCGUGCAGUUGAGGUUGGAACGUACCCCAUCGGUGUCGAUCCCGCUUGGCAUAGCGCAGACAAUAACCUUCUCUUCAUGAACUCGUAUAAAAUGAAGCUUUCGGUCAUCUUCGGUAUUGUGCACAUGACAUUCUGUCUGUUCCUUUCCCUUAGCAACUACCGUUUCUUCAAGAAGAAGCUUGACAUCUACGCCGUCUUUAUUCCCUCUCUAAUCUUCCUCGAGUCCAUUUUUGGUUAUUUGGUCGUCACAAUUAUCUACAAAUGGAGUGUCGACUGGAACGGUCUCGGACUGCGUGCUCCUGGAUUGCUCAACAUGCUUAUUCUUAUGUUCUUGUCUCCUGGCACCAUUGCUGAGCCUUUAUAUCCCGGACAAAAGUACGUUCAACUUAUUCUUCUUGGUGCCGCUCUUAUCUGUGUGCCCUGGUUGCUCUGCGCCAAGCCCAUCGCUCUCUAUCGUCAGCACAAGAAAGCUACUGCCCCCAAGUACUUGUCUUUGCGUGAUUCGGAUGAUACGGCUGAGGAUGCAAAUCUGUUGAGCUCCGUCACGGAGGCCGACCCUAAGGACCACGAGGACUUUGAACUUGGUGAGAUUGUUAUCCAUCAGGUAAUCCACACCAUUGAGUUCUGUCUUGGUUGUAUUUCGCAUACCGCCAGUUACCUUCGGUUGUGGGCACUUUCUCUCGCUCACAAUCAGCUGUCGACGGUGCUUUGGAACAUGACAAUUGCUAAUGGUUUCCGCAUGACUGGUGUUUCUGGUUCCAUUGCGAUCUUCAUCUUGUUUGCCUUUUGGUUUGUUAUCACCUGUGCUGUUCUCGUAGCCAUGGAAGGUACCAGUGCCAUGCUUCACAGUCUUCGUUUGCACUGGGUGGAGGGCAUGUCUAAGCACUUUGAAGGUGAGGGUUAUGCCUUUACUCCCUUCAACUUCAUUGAAAACGCCGAGUAGAAUGUUACAACCGUCAUUCUGUUACAUAAUGAGUUGUCUAAUGAACACAUUUUUCCCGUGUGUGAUACAGUCAGGCGAAAAGUGCUUUUGGAUAAUUUAGUUUCUUUUUUAUUUUUCUUUUUCUCUCACUCCCUUCGUACUAGCUGUCAAAUAAUAAUAAUAAUUCGUCCCAUAGAUCCAA